GUGGUGUGUACCAAGUGACCAACAACAACAAACAGUCGUCAGUAGGCGGCGGCUGCAGUUUGCAACUCAACACUAUGACUGAAGAAAUUGAGGAACACGGUGUUAAGAUUAACAUUAAAGGCACCAUUCAGGCACCCAAGAGGAAUGAAGUUAUGUUUAACUCAGACAUGGUAGUGAACAGAUCUCUUGUUCUGUGUGCACUAUCCGCAUAUAGUGAGUCUGGCAAAUGCCUUAAUGGCCAGAUACGAUGUCUAGAUGCUCUUGGUGCCACAGGUGUUUCUGGCUUGGCCUGGGCUCGACAAAUACCAAAGGUUGCCGUCAUAAUAAAUGAUCAGCUUCCUGCAGCCACUCAGAGAAUCCAGGAGAAUGCUGUUGCUAAUGGACUCCAUGUUGAAAUUACCACAGAGGAUGUCAGUGUUCUAUUGCACCAGAGACCUUUUGAUUUUAUAUUUUUAGACUGUUAUGGGUCUUCAGUUCAUUAUCUUGAUGCAGCAUUUCGUAAUGCACCAAAGUAUGGCAUCCUGGCAAUUACCUCUACUGAUGAUGCAGCUCUGUAUGGAAAAGCUGCAGAUGUAACACUGAGAAACUAUGGUGGCUAUGUUGUUAAAACUUCAUAUGCCAAAGAGCUAGCAGCAAGACUAGUACUGGCAAGUGUUGUUAGAUCUGCUGCAAAAUGUAACAAAGGUAUUGAAGUUUUAUGUUGUGUUGCCUUGAAGAGCUUCAUUACUGUCAUUGUACGUGUCAUACGUGGUCCCUCGGCGGCAAAUAAGUGCGUCCGUAAAAUCAGCCGCAUCAUCCACUGUUGUAUGUGUGAGGACAGGGCAUUUUAUCCUCAGACUGUCUAUCCUCUAGAACAACCUUAUUCAUUACUAUCAUGUGACUGUCGAAGCAAGAGUGCAGGCAAAUUGGCUGUAGAACUGGGUCCAGUGUGGUGUGAUGAGAUCUUCGAUCCAGCUUUCUGUCAGGCAAUGUUGUCCCGAGGUACCAGUCUACAGAUGCCACACAAAGUCACCAGUCUUCUUACGACUAUUGUUAAUGAAGCAAGAUGUAAGGAUAAUCCUGGGACUGAGGUAAGUACAGGAGGUGACAAAGAGAACACUUUGACAGAAGGAUUAGAAGAUAGCUUAGCUGGAGCAGAAGAUGAAGAGGAAGAGGAAGGGUUACAUGGCCACUCGUGCCAUUCUCUUGACGAUGAAGCAGAUGGGGAAUCUCCAACAAAACGCUUAAAGACUGAACAUUUUGUGCCAAGGUCACCAGCUUUCUACUUUAACUUGCAUCGUCAUUCACCGAAAGGGCAUGACUUGGGUAAAAUCAACAAAGUUGUAGAAUACCUUAGACGCGCUAAACACAAAGCGAGUCGAACACACUUUGAUCCUGAAGCCAUUCGCACCAGCUGCACUCUUGCUCAGUUUGCCAACCUUCUGCUCGAGUUUUCAAAGGCACAAAACUGAGCACACAGUAUUUGAGGAGUGAGUUUCUCCAGAGAACAAAUUUUAUUUGAUUUCGUUAUCAAUAAAAGCUUAACUUCUGAUUUUGCUAAAUUCUGUGAUACUAUGAAGAGGCUUCAUUAUUAUUUCCAAAAAUAAUAUGACUGAUCAGUAUGUCCUUAAUGAUUUAGGCGUUUCAGAUCUGGAUGCGACACUUUCUUAUAAAGAUGAAGAAAAGUCAACUGAUAGAUUAAAUAAUGUUUUCUUUAUUUGUUUAAAUAAAAAAUAAUAAUAAAGGAAAUGUUUGCCUGCAUAGUAUGAUGUACAAAUGCCAGUUAUUUUUGUAAAAUACAAAUUAAUGGCAAA